CUCGUAAGUUAGACUGCGUGAGGUCAGAAUGUCGCGAUAUUUCACAGUCUUCAUUGCUGUGGUCCUCGCUCUGGAAGGUGUGCUGCAUGGCGUCGGGGAUUUUGUGAAGCUCUGUUUCGUAGAGAAACCUGCAUCAGGACACCUUAGCGGAGACCAGGCGCUAGAGAGGCGAGGCUCUGACGAUGGAGAAUGGACAGAGCACAGCCUCAAAGCUUGGCCUGCCGCCUCUCACCCCUGAGCAGCAGGAGGCGCUGCAAAAGGCGAAAAAGUAUGCCAUGGAACAAAGCAUCAAGAGCGUCCUGGUCAAACAGACGCUUGCCCAUCAGCAGCAGCAGCAGCUAAAUAACCUUCAGCUCCCUAAUUCCCUUCAGAUGGCAUCUUUAACCAUGGCUGGAUUUGGAGAUCCUCUUUCACCCCUACAGUCUGUUGCGGCACAGAGGCAGCGGGCGCUGGCCAUAAUGUGCCGUGUUUACGUAGGCUCAAUAUACUAUGAGCUUGGAGAAGACACCAUUAGACAGGCCUUUGCUCCGUUUGGGCCUAUCAAGAGCAUUGACAUGUCCUGGGAUUCAGUUACACUGAAGCACAAGGGUUUUGCAUUUGUAGAGUAUGAGGUGCCAGAGGCAGCACAGCUGGCUUUAGAACAGAUGAACUCUGUCAUGCUAGGGGGAAGGAACAUCAAGGUGGGAAGGCCAAGCAAUAUUGGUCAAGCCCAACCAAUCAUAGACCAGCUAGCAGAAGAAGCUCGAGCUUUCAACCGCAUCUACGUAGCAUCUGUACACCCAGACCUGUCAGAUGAGGACAUCAAGAGUGUUUUUGAAGCCUUUGGCAGAAUCAAGUCCUGUACGCUUGCACGGGAUCCUACGACAGGAAAACACAAGGGCUACGGCUUCAUAGAAUACGACAAGGCCCAGUCGGCACAGGAUGCCGUUUCUUCAAUGAACCUCUUCGACCUUGGUGGUCAGUACCUGCGAGUAGGCAAAGCGGUCACACCUCCCAUCCCCCUGCUGACGCCGGCCACACCCGGUGGCCUGCCUCCUGCAGCCGCAGUAGCGGCUGCUGCAGCAACAGCCAAAAUCACUGCUCAGAUGGCAUGGAAUCUUUCCACUCCGGAGAAUCGGACAGAAGACUUCCUCAACUGUCUGGAAGCGGUAGCGGGCGCAUCAAUCCUAGGGGCGAUGACCGCGGGCUCUGUGACAUUACCCCAGCAACUAAGUGGCCUACCUCAGGCCGUCAUGGCAGCCCAAGCACCAGGGGUCAUUACAGGCGUGACUCCCGCUCGGCCCGUUCUGCCCCAGGUGGGUCUGGUAAACCCAGUGCUGGCCUCUCCGCCGGUGAUUUCUGCUGCAGUGGCUGCUGCCCAGGAGGCCAAGAAGGAAAAAGAAAAGGAGGAGGAAGAAGCUGCUCAAGACGGCACGGGUCAAGAGAUGCUCAGUGAACAGGAGCAUAUGAGCAUCUCCGGCAGCAGCGCCAGACAUAUGGUCAUGCAAAAACUGCUGAGAAAGCAGGAGUCGACAGUUAUGGUGCUCAGAAAUAUGGUUGGGCCAGAGGAUAUAGAUGACGACCUGGAGGGCGAAGUAACGGAAGAAUGUGGCAAGUUUGGAGCAGUCAACAGAGUGAUUAUUUACCAGGAGAAGCAGGGCGAAGAGGAGGAUGCUGAGGUCAUUGUAAAAAUCUUUGUGGAGUUUUCAGCAGCGUCUGAGAUGAACAAGGCCAUUCAGGCCCUCAAUAAUCGCUGGUUUGGAGGUCGUAAGGUUAUUGCAGAGGUGUACGAUCAGGAGCGGUUUGACAACAGCGACCUCUCUGCAUAGACACGAUCAUCCGCCAGUUCUACGACCCUUUCCCUUGCUUCUGUCUCACACUUACAGAAACAGCUGCUGACCACUUCGCCAAGUGGCGUUGGCCUCUUUUUAACUUGUAAUUAUUUUUUUUAUCGAUGUUGAUAUUAAUAUUAUUAAUGAUUCCUUUUCGGGACAAAGGCAAACAAAUGCUUAUGGAUUUUUGUUCCUUCCCCUCCACUCUUGCCUACUGUGAAGGACUUUUUUUGGAUGUGUUUUGUUUCCUCCUGCCCCACCCAAGUAAUUUUGAUUGGUUGCAACACUUUUCUGUAAUAAAGCCCUUGGUUUCAAAUAGCCUGAACAAUAAAUUCUUUAAAUAUCACAUGUUCUGCAGCCACUCCCCUGAACUCCAAAAAAUGUUUUCAUAUCUGUGAAGUUUCACCAUUAAAAUGUGUUUUAUUAAAAAA